CUCACCUGAGUUUCUCAGCUAAGCUGUUGCUGUUGCUGGUGCUGCUGCUGCUACUUGUCUCUCUAAAGCUCGUCUGAAAAUUGAAAACGAAAAGCUCCAUUCUUUUCUCGCUCCUCUAAACGCUGUCGUGUAACUGCCAGGCUUGUUUUUUGUGCUAAAAGCCACUAGUGGUUUUCCGUUCAUCGGAGUACAUUCCCCCCAUGCAUUUGCGUUGAGAGAAUGGGUUGCGUCUUCGGAAAGCAAUCGCAACCUCCGUCAUCGGACCGCCGGCAGCGGAGCAACACUUCAGCUCCAUCACAUCCUCCACGUACUCGUCGUCGCCGGAGCUCUGAUGAGCCAUCUACGGUAGUUUCAGUCACUGAAGCCGUUGACGGCGUCGUGGAUGUCAAAGAGCCGGAGAGACCGAGUCAACAGCAGCAAAAAGCUAGACAUACCGGUAAUUUCCCAGUGAGCAUUCCGGCGCCGGAGAGACAACGGACGCCACUGGAUUUGAACCAGAAAGGGUGGCCUUCGUGGCUGAUGGCCGUUGCCGGCGAAGCAAUCCGUGACUGGGCCCCGAGACUUGCCAGCACCUUUGAGAAGCUUGACAAGAUUGGGCAAGGGACUUAUAGCAAUGUGUACAAAGCAAGGGAUCUACAAACAGGGAAAAUAGUGGCAUUAAAGAAGGUUAGGUUUGACAAUUUGGAGCCAGAGAGUGUAAAGUUUAUGGCUAGAGAGAUUCUUGUAUUGAGGAAGCUUGACCAUCCCAAUGUAAUCAAGCUUGAAGGUUUAGUUACUUCAAGAAUGUCAUGUAGCCUUUACUUGGUUUUUGAAUACAUGGAGCAUGAUCUUGCUGGCCUCGCCGCCUGCCAAGGAGUCAAGUUCACUGAGCCUCAGGUAAAGUGCUAUAUGAAGCAGUUACUUUCUGGGCUAAAGCAUUGCCACAAACAAGGAGUUUUGCAUCGUGAUAUCAAGGGUUCUAAUCUGCUUAUUGACAAUCAAGGGAUUUUAAAAAUUGCUGAUUUUGGACUCGCUACCUUUUAUGAUCCUGAGCAGAAGAAGCACCUGACUAGUCGAGUAGUCACACUCUGGUACCGUCCACCUGAACUACUUCUUGGGGCAACUUAUUAUGGUGUUGGGGUUGACCUCUGGAGUGCUGGCUGCAUUUUGGCUGAGCUACUUUCUGGGAAGCCAAUAAUGCCAGGAAGGACAGAGGUUGAACAACUGCAUAAGAUAUUCAAGUUAUGUGGAUCCCCUUCUGAGGAAUAUUGGAAGAAAUCCAAGUUGCCAAAUGCAACACUCUUUAAGCCACAGCAGCCAUACAAACGCUGUAUAGCAGAAUCUUUCAAGGAUUUUCCUUCUUCUUCUUUACCUUUAAUUGAAAAUCUUCUUUCAAUAGAUCCUGAGGAGCGAAGUACUGCCACAGAAGCUCUUAAUAGUGAAUUCUUUACCACUGAACCAUACGCUUGUGAGCCAUCAAGUUUACCAAAGUAUCCUCCCUGUAAAGAAUUGGAUGUAAAAUUAAGAGAUGAAGAAACAAGAAGGCAAAGAGGUCUAGCCAGCAAAGUUAAUGCAGUUGAUGAUGCCAGGAGAAUUAAAGUUCGUGAACGUGCUAGUCGGGCAGUUCCAGUUCCUGAAGCAAAUGCAGAGAUUCAAGCAAACUUAGAUAAAUGGAGAGUCAUGACACAAACAAAUGCUGUGAGCAAGAGUGAGAAAUUCCCACCUCCCCAUCAAGAUGGAGCUGUUGGGCAUCCAGUAGAUGCAUCACAUAAAGGGCCUAUAUCAUUUGGUGUGAGUGACACUUUUUUCAGCUCAUCAAUUUUCAACUCCAAGUCACCAGGAUCUGCUAAAAGUUCUGUGCCUGCUGGUGGUCCUUCAAGAAGAACGAAAACGAACAAAAACCCCCAGACAGCGGCAUCUCGAAAGUUAAUCCGUGGUUUCAAACCAUCCUCAAUAGGCCUAUCCAUGGAUACAAUAUUUAGAGGUAAAUCUGAGGUCUUUCACAGCCAGAAUUAGAAUAGUAUUACAAGUUUAUAAAUUUUGUGGAGAUGUUCAUUCUCUUCAUGGAACUUAAAAUGCAUUUUUCCCAUUCAUUCCCAACCCACCCCACCC